AUGGGAAACAGUACAGAUUCUGAUUUGCAGGAGUUCGGAGUCCAAGUGAAUGGAUCUGCAUCUGCUCCUUCUGGGCACAACAGUGACUUCACCUGCAAUCGCUUCGGUCAGAAGGAGAAAGGGCGGGACGAAUGCCUGGCAUCCGGGAGGCCCUGUGGCCUGCAGCCCGACCCGCCAGGCUGGAAGCUCUGUGCUGCCCCUGGCUUGCUUGUCAUCGUCACGCCCUCUGACUCUCAGCCCUCUGCCAAGCACGCGUCGAGGGCACAGGAGGAAUCCCCAGGGCCCAGGCUCCACCCAGCGUCUCCAUCCCUCAACGGCAGUGGUGACCGCGUGCUGCCGAUGCCACGGGAGCAUCCUCACAGUCCACGCGAGAUCGAGGAAAACUGUACACCUCCACCCCCAGACACAGGGCUGUACCCUCACCAUGCCACGGAGAGGCAGGCACGGGGCACACUGCCGGAACCGGGGGACACGCGGAGCCCCUGUGACCAGCCGGGGGACACAGAGAGACCCUGUGACCAGCCGGGGGACACGCAGAGCCCCUGUGACCAGCCGGGGGACACGCGGAGCCCCUGUGACCAGCCGGGGGACACGCGGAGCCCCUGUGACCAGCCGGGGGACACGCGGAGCCCCUGUGACCAGCCGGGGGACACGCGGAGCCCCUGUGACCAGCUGGGGGACACAGAGAGACCCUGUGACCAGCCAGGGGACACACAGAGCCCCUGUGACCAGCCGGGGGACACAGAGAGACCCUGUGACCAGCCAGGGGACACAGAGAGACCCUGUGACCAGUCGGGGGACACGCGGAGCCCCUGUGACCAGCCGGGGGACACGCGGAGCCCCUGUGACCAGCCGGGGGACACGCGGAGCCCCUGUGACCAGCCGGGGGACACAGAGAGACCCUGUGACCAGCCAGGGGACACACAGAGCCCCUGUGACCAGCCGGGGGACACAGAGAGACCCUGUGACCAGCCAGGGGACACAAACCCUUCCAAAAGAAUCAGUGCCAACUUCCCGUUAAAGUCCGGGGUCAUUACUGUCCAGCGCCGAGCUUGCCCUUUACCUGCGUCCAAGUUCAAACACAGGCUGGCCGCGCUCUGGAGGACGUGGCUCCCUCCCGGAACAAGCACCUGCCUUCCCCCGAAAGAGCCCGGCGGCCGCGAGCGGUGCCCGCGCGGCCGGGGUGGAAGGGGCCACCGGGGAGGACCCGCGCUCCUGGCUCCACGGACCCGUGCACACGCCCGGAGGGCAGCCAGGAGGGCACGACGGGGUGGAAGUGAGCCCGGCCCGCGCUCGUGCGGCGCCCCCACCGCGAAGCGGCCCCUCGGCGCGCGCGGACACCCGGAGUCCAACCCCGCGGCCCCGGCGGCCAGGCCGCGCCCCCUGGAGCCGCCCGCGCCUCCCCUCGAGCCACGGCUCCACUCGCUGCGCCCCGCAGAAAGGCCAGGGCUCCCGACGCCCCAGGGCCCCAACUCAGCUGGACUCAGCUCGUCCCGUCCCGGGGAGGAGAGAGGGCCCGGCGGGCGCGGGCUCCGGUCCCCCGGCUCCCCGGCGGGCGCGGGCUCCGGUCCCCCGGCUCCCCGGCGGGCGCGGGCUCCGGUCCCCCGGCUCCCCGGCGGGCGCGGGCUCCGGUCCCCCGGCUCCCCGGCGGGCGGGUCUGUCCUGGGCUGGAAACGGAGCCUUCGCCAGCCCGGCCCGGGGCCUCGGAGCCGCCAGCAGCCGCCCUCCGCCCUCCGCCGGGCACUAGGCACCGCGCUCCCCGGCUCCCUCGCCAGCCCCGCGGUCGCCGCGCCCCGCCGGCCCUCCCAGGUGUCCCCACCCCCCCACCCCCCGCCGCCUUCAUUCCUAGGCGGGCUCGGCCACCGGGGCCGGCGCCUGGGGCCGGGGCAGAAGGCGGCUUGGAAGUGGACCCGGCCCGCCCCCGGGGAGCCGCCGCCGCCCGACACCGCCCACCCGCGACUGCCGCUGGAGCGUCUCCGCGGAGCCGCGGCCCAAACCGCCCAACAGGAGCCCGGGGCCCCGCGGAGCCAGUGGGCGCUGCGGGCGCGGGAGUCCCGGGGGCCCCGCCGUGGGGAGCACGCGCGGCCCGUCCGCCGACGCCCCCGCCGGCCGCGCCCCCCCCCCGCGCCUCUCUGGCCCGCCCCACCGUCACCGCGCCCCUGGAGCUCCCGGGUGGGGCGAGAGCGAGGACCCGGCCGGACCGACCGCAGGGCGCACGCGCGCGGCGGGGAGACUGGGCGGAGAACCAGGAGCGCGUGGCGUUCCGAGGUCCGCGCAUGCCCGGUCGUCCCUCCGCGUCGCGGGCGCGUGCACGCGCGCGCCCGGCGCGGCCUCUUUUCUUCGGGUCCGCCCACUUCUGGCGCUUUCCCGGGAGGAGGCCGGGGCCGGAGCGGGGAAGUGUGGGGCGAGGUGGGCGGGGCGUCUCGCGCGAGCGCAGCCCGCAAAAGAAGGGAGAGGGGCGGAGCGGCCGCGACGUUACCCCGCCGCCUUCCAAUCAGGAGCCGGAGAGGCCCCGCCUCCUCCCCUCGCGCUAUUGGCUGCAGCGCCCAGGGGGCGGGGCCGACCGCGGGUUGGGGAGGGCUGGGGGCGGGAGGAGAGGAAGGCGCUGGCGGGCCGUGA